AUGCAAGACAUCUCCUGUGACUUUUUAAACGAAAUGGAGAGUGACGAAUGGGUUUGUGAUUUUGCAUUUGCUAUGGACAUAAUGCAGAAGCUGAAUGAACUUAACACAAAACUGCGAGGCAAAGGUAUAUUUGCUCAUGAAUUGUACCUGGAAGUGAAAGCUUUUCAAUGGAAGCUUGGACUUUUUGCCAAGCAGCUGAAUGAGCAAACAUUUAUUCACUUCCCUCUGCUGAAAACACAGUCUGUUACACAAGAAUCAUCGGACAAGUACAGUUCCCAGUUGAUGGGUUUACAAAAGGAAUUCAUUAGAUUUGCUGAUUUCAAGGCAGUUGAAGGCCUGUUCGAUUUGCUUAACUCACCUCUUGCCUGUGACAUUGAAACAACUACCGAGGAACUGCAGAUAGAACUGAUUCAUUUGCAAGCCGACAAUUCUUUAAAGAUGAUGUUUGAAAGUAAACCACUGGUCGAGUUUUAUGCUUCUCUACAUUCAAAAAAGUUUCAAAAUCUAAAAACAUUUGCAAGAAAGAUGUUUGUGUUGUUUGCAUCAACUUACAUAUGUGAGCAGACUUUCUCUAUCAUGAAAAUUAACAAAGGGAAGAAUCGAUCACUUCUCACAGACUCAAAUCUUCAGUCAGUGUUAAGAAUCAGCACAAGCAACUUGACACCUAAUUUUGACAAACUGGUAAAUGACAGUAGUCAGCUGCAUCAUUCUCAUUGA